CAAAUGAGUAAGACAUGGUCACUUAAUUAUCCUUUUGCAGAGUGAGCCGACCAAUGUGACCGGCCGGUGACAAUUUUCACGAGCCGACGCCACGCCAUGGAUAUCAUUUUUGGAUCGAUCUUUCCAGUAGAUUGAUUAGAAAAAAGAACAAAGAGAGGAGGCAGGUAAACGUGCUUUGAAAAUGACAGCAGACGUGUCUCACUCUCCCAAUCUCCACCUCUCCUUUCCUCUCUCACCUCUCUCACAAACUCGUUCCUCUGUCUCCACUCCCUCGCCCGCAUAUUUAAGAUUGUCUCCUUCCUUCCUCAUCCUCCACCCAGCAACCCCAACCAGCCGAAAUAGCCACCAAUAGCCAGGUCCCUUUUUCUUCUUCCUCUGCUUUUCCCCCCGUGUGACUCACGAGCUCGCCAUUGCCGCAAAAAGCAAGCGUACCCAUCCAUAUUCCAAGAAAGGCAAAGAAACCCAUCACAAGGGAAAACAAGAAGCGGAGUGGGUUUCAGAUAAAAAGCUCCGAAAAGGGGGAAAGAAGAAACAAUUUAUUAUGGACACAGGUUUCAGCACUGCUACUGCAGGGGCCGCUCAAUCUCAUCACAGUCUUAAUCAUAACCAUGGGCAGGUGCUGGACGGUUCGGAUAUAAUGGAGUUGGUUGGGAACGAGAAAGUGUUUAGCAGCUUCGUCGAUCAUAAGUUCUCUGAACUGGAUAGAGACAGAGACGGCCAUCUCUCCGUCAAAGAGCUCCACCCUGCCGUCGCUGAUAUCGGCGCUGCGCUUGGCUUGCCUGCUCAAGGCUCUUCCCCUGACUCCGAUCUCAUCUACUCCGAGGUUCUAAAUGAGUUCACUCAUGGCAAGCAAGAGAAAGUGAGCAAGACCAAGUUUAAAGAGGUGCUUUCAGAUAUUCUGAUAGGCAUGGCUGCAGGUUUGAAGAGAGACCCUGUGGUCAUACUCCGUAUCGAUGGAGAAGACCUGUUGGAGUUCAUCAAUGGACCAGGCUAUGAACCAGAGAUGCUUUCUAUCUUCUCAGAGUUGGAAUCACCUGAUGCUUUUCCACUCCAUGAUUGCAUAGUCAAAGCCUUUGAGAAACUUACAGUCGAUCAUGGGAUACCUCCCUGCUCUGAUUCUUGGGUGGUAAGCAACAUACUGGAGCCAUCACUGCAAUUACUUGCUGACCAAGAACUGAACAAGCCUGCUGCCACUCAAGAGGCAUUCUUAGCUGCAUUCAAGAAAGCAGCUGAAUGUGUGGCUCAACGUCUGAAAGAGCAGCCUGUCAUCGUCGCACAUACCGAGAACACUUUUGAUGGAAGUGGGAUUAGGAGACUUCUGUCCAACAAGUUUGAACUAGACAAAAUGCUGAACUCAACACUAGAAAAUGUGCCAAGGGAUCGGACUGGGAAGAUAUCCAAAGAGUACUUGCGGAUGGCACUUGAUUCAGUUUCUCCAUCUGCUGGUCUACCACCAAUUGGUGCAAUUGAAGAGAUGGAUCAGGUGUUGAAUGAAGCACUCAAGAUGGUGAAUGCUGACGACGGGAAGCAGCUGAAGGAGGAUGAGUUCAGGAAGACAGUGGCUGAAAUGUUGGGCAGCAUAAUGUUGCAAUUGGAAGGGAAUCCAAUCUCAGUCGCUUCAAACUCUGUUGUCCACGAACCAAUUGCCUCUGCCUCCACACUUCUGCAGCCAUCUUCCUAGUUCUACUACCUCUCUUCAACACUUUUUACUGUGUCACAAGAGCAUGAUAGACUGAUACUGAUAAUAAAACACGAGGAAUGCAAAGAAGCCAAAGGAAAAGGUAGAAGAACUGUGUCUGAUGUGUUACUCUCAACUAGAUCAAUGAUCCAAACGGACAGUUCUUCACUACUUGCUGCUGUAAUGUGUUCUUUUGGUUAAGUGUACUAAACUCUAAUACCUUGUACUAAUCAUUCUAUGUAUGGAAUGGUUUUCCCCUGUAAAGAUGAACCCUUUUUUGGAAGAUGGCUUCGUGUUCUGCUCUCGUAGCAACGCGAUGUUCCAAGUCUGCUCUCCUUUGGAUGAAUAUAGAAGAUAGUUUUUCAUGGAAAAUGAUCUUAUCAGAAUCGAAGUACAGACUUAUCUACCCGUGUACCAUUUUGUGGUUCCAUGAAUAGCAUCGUCCUCCUAUAUGCAUACUCUAACAAGAACC